GAAGCUCUCGGUGGUUAUUCGAGGGGAAGUACUCCCGACUUUAACUUUUGAGGACAAAGAGCCAAUCAGACAGGUUGGAGAAAAAGCUCUUAAAACGUACAAGCAGAAGUCGUCGAGCCUCGUUGAAAAAGAUGAGAAGGUCUAUGAAAUUCGUAAAACUAGGAGUGGGGCCAUCCUGGAUCCAUUCGACCAUAUCAAACAGGUUUUGGACGAUGACGAUUUUGUAUCCGUUGUCUUGGCGAGUGACCAAUUGAGCCCAGCAACAGGACCAGCAGAAGGGCCAUACGCAGGAGUCGAAGCACCUGAAUUUGUUAUCCCUGCAAGAGAUCAGUACAUGUUUCUUGAUGGGAAUAACUUGACCACAGAUGACCUUAUCCGUCUCGGAAAAGGCAAAUUCCGGAUCAAGUUAACUGACGAAGCAGAGGAGAAGGUCAGAUUGGCACGAAAAGUUGUCGACGACAUUGUGAAAGGGAACAAAAUUGUGUACGGCAUCACAACCGGUUUCGGGGAAUUUGCCAAUGUAACAAUUGAACCAGGAGAGCUCGUUGAACUACAAGAAAAUCUCAUCAGAUCUCAUGCAUCUGGCGUCGGACAUCCUCUCAGUCCAGAGAGAACACGCAUGCUGUUGGCACUUCGGAUUAAUAUCCUAUCAAAGGGACAUUCCGGCAUCUCACCCGAAACUUUGCACCAGUUUAUUGAUGCAUUUAAUGCAUCCUGUUUGCCCUGGGUUCCAUACAAGGGCACUGUAGGUGCCAGUGGAGAUCUUGCCCCCAUGUCUCACCUUGCUCUUGGUAUGAUGGGGGAGGGAAAAAUGUGGAGUCCCGAGACUAAAUGGGGUGAAGCCGGACAAGUUCUUAAAGCUCACAACUUGAAACCAAUACAACUAACCGCAAAGGAGGGUCUGGCUCUCAUCAACGGUGCUCAACUCAUUACAACUCUUGGAGCAGAAGCUGUUGAAAGGGCAUCAUCCAUUGCAAGACAGGCAGAUAUUGUAGCUGCGUUAACCAUGGAGGUCCUGAAAGGCAACCCAACAGCCUUUGAUAGUGCCGUCCACGCGGCCCGUCCCCACAAAGGCCAGAUUGAGGUAGCCCGUCGAUUCCGCUCGGUACUCCCAUCGGAGAUGCAUCCCUCAGAAAUUGCGACUGAUCAUAGGAAAAGGGUCAAGUUUCUCGCCCAGGAUGCGUACACCAUCAGAUGCUGCCCCCAGGUGCACGGGAUUGUUAAUGACACAAUUGAGUUUGUCAGGAGCACCCUCACCACAGAGAUGAACAGCGCCACAGAUAAUCCUCUAGUAUUUCCGGAUCGCAAUGAGAUCAUUUCGGCUGGAAACUUCCAUGGAGAGUACCCUGCCAAGGUCUUGGAUUAUUUGGCCAUUGGAAUCCACGAGUUGGCAAACAUCAGUGAAAGGAGACUAGAAAGGUUAAUGAACCCAGCGUACAGCAAUAGAAGCUUACCAGAAAACCCUAACUAUGAUGAAACACCGAAGAUGCCAGCUUUCUUGGUCAGCAAAGGAGGUCUCAACUCGGGGUUUAUGAUAGCACAUUGCACGUCAGCUGCUCUUGUCUCCGAGAACAAGGUUUUGUGUCACCCAGCGUCUGUGGACUCCUUAUCGACCAGUGCUGGACAAGAGGACCAUGUCAGUAUGGGAGGCUUCUCCGCUAGGAAGGCACUCAGAGUGGUCGAGCAUGUUGAACAGGCACUUGCCAUAGAGUUGCUCGCAGCCUGCCAAGCAAUGGAAUUUCAAAAUAAACGGAAGACAACCGCUCCUCUACAGAAAGUGUACGAGUUGGUCAGGACAGUAGCAAAACCGUGGGACAAGGAUCGUUAUAUGGCCCCUGACAUUGAUGAGGUGACAAAACUUCUGCAGGAGGAAAAGGUUUGGCAUGCUGUAAAGCCUUACAUGGACACUUAUCGCUCACAUCAGCUGUGCCAACUGCUGUCGAGAGAUACCGGUAGCGGAUGAGCCGGCCCAACGUCUAUACCAUACAACCCCUGAAUAUGACGAAACGGGAGAUGUUUAAGUAUAUAGGCCUACAUAUGCUAAAUUGUUAGUUGUUUUCGAGGACUAGGAUACAGAUCCAUAAUUCUGAUUGGGAACAACGUUUUUGGAAAGGCGUCCACGCUUUGAACACUUUGCUGCAACAGCUUUCGAAAUGACCACAUUUUAGUAAUUAAUGUAAUGCAGUGAGUAAUUUAAUUUUCCAAAUUGUAUAUAUCUGACAUUCCGGUCUGACCCUCCAACCUGAGAAAACUUACACCAAAAAUUAAUCCCAGUUUUGUUAUCUGUAACUGAUAUUGCUGAAGUUGUGCAAAAUUUGUGAUUUAUAUCUAAAUGUAAGCUUACAAGGACAAUACAUCUUCAAGAAUCAUUGACGAUCACACUAAGCGAAUCUACUGAUGUUGUUCCCGUAAUUGCAAAGUUAUAAACAUCAUUAUCUCACAGUAGUUUUGUCAGAUUCAUGUUAGUUGGCUUUUAUGUAUUUGGUUUUUAUAUUGACAAUCUAGAUUUGGUGAGGUGUGUAUUAUUUUAACAGUUGUGUAAGCUAGAGCAGGUCUAGACCUAAACCUGGAUUAUUUGUAUCUUACGUACCUGAUAGACUGUGAUUAUAAAAUUAAAUGUAUAGUUUAGUAUUCAGCUUACUUAAAGUUAAGUUUGGUAAACUAACAUGGUUGCCAAAUUAGAGUAAGACCACAAUUUUUUACUUGUUGAACUACGAAUCCGCCGGGGGUCAUUUUCUUGAAAAUGGAAAAAAAUUAAAGUCCUGACGAUGACCGUUUUUGACACACUUUUUUUUCUCCCCGACCAUAAAACAGAGAGAAUUGAAAAGUUUUCCCGACGACAAAUUUCAACCAAUUUUUAUUUUUGGGGUCCCCUUGUAUGAUCUGAGACUAAAAUUGAUGUUUUUAUUUUAUUUCCCCUGCCCCACAUAGAUUUUGAGUCUGUUGGAAAAAAUAUUAUUCCCCCAACAUAGGUUUUGAGUCUGUUGGAAAAAAAAUUAUUCCCCCAACAUAGGUUUUGAGAGUGAAGAAAAAUUAAUUUCUUUAUUCCCCACCCACAAGUUUUGGAUCUGAAAUUUCGUAAAUCCAACUUAUCAAAAAAGUGUGGCCAAAUUAAUGUUGGUAAUUAAUAGUUUUCCUGUAUAUCUGAGAUUCAGGACUGGCCUCCAAUCUGGGAACACUAUACCAGAAUUGGAUCCAUGUUUUGGGACUUGUAACUACAAUGUAUAUUGAUAUUGCUAUAGUUGUGCGAGUUUAGAAGGACAUUACAUCUUCAAGAAUCAUUUAACAUCCGAUUGAACUGGUUCAUAGUUUGAAAAAACCCUCUCAAAAUGCCAGUGAGACGAAAGAGUGGUUUUUGAUGAUCUAUAGGUUGAACACCAUUAAUUUAAAAGACGAUUUAAGACUCGGCGAAGCUAAUUUUUUUUAACAUUACUAUGGAAUGUUUGUAAUUAUUUUUGGGUACUUUCGAAACAUUAUGAAAUGAAAUGGUCCAGGGACCAUGUGCUCACCUUGGGUAAUGUAAUGCAUGUCAUAUGCAGUGGAUAUGGGGAGAACAAUUUCUGGCAAGUUUAACCAGUUUUGAUUCCAUUGAAUAAUAUUAUUAUUCUCGGCUCAAUGGUACCGUAGAAAAUUACCGGUACCAUCUAAGUAUAGCAUUUUGGUUAUAAAGUUGACUGAAUUUCAGGGUUAUUGAAGAGUGUACAUGUCACAUGGAAAUUGGUCGACAUCUGUUCAACAGUUUAGGAGUACUAGGACUUUGUAGGAUUUUCAAGAUGGCGGCCUAGUGGCCAUAUUUGUCAUGGGAUUUGACUGAAAAUUAGGGAUAUUGAUACGAGUACAUAGAUACAUAAUCACCUGAAGUUUGGUUGCAAUCCGAUCAUUAGUUUCAGGGUAAUAGGACUUUGUUUACUUUUCAAGAUCGCCACCUGGCAGCCAUAUUGGUAGAUGGAUUUAAUAUUGGAUGGAUUAAUAUAGCCUUCUGUUUUAGAUAGAAUAAAGCUUCAUUAA